AGGUUCGGGUUUCCGCGGGUGGUGGGCCCACACAAGCGGUGCACCGUUAAGAUGGCCGCUGGGCUGCGGAAACGCGGCCGGUCCGGUUCCGCGGCCCAGGCAGCGGGACUCUGCAAGCAAUGGCUGCAGCGCGCCUGGCAAGAGCGGCGCCUGCUGCUGCGGGAGCCGCGCUACACGCUGCUGGUGGCCGCCUGCCUCUGCCUGGCGGAGGUGGGCAUCACCUUCUGGGUCAUUCACAGGGUGGCAUACACAGAGAUUGACUGGAAGGCAUACAUGGCCCAGGUAGAAGGCGUCAUCAAUGGUACCUAUGACUAUACCCAACUGCAGGGUGACACCGGACCACUUGUGUACCCAGCUGGUUUCGUGUACAUCUUUAUGGGGCUGUACUAUGCCACUGGCCGAGGCACUGACAUCCGCAUGGCCCAGAACAUCUUUGCUGUGCUCUACCUGGCCACCUUGCUGCUUGUUUUCUUGAUCUAUCACCAGACCUGCAAGGUACCUCCCUUCGUCUUUUUCUUCAUGUGCUGCGCCUCUUACCGUGUCCACUCCAUCUUUGUGCUGCGGCUCUUCAAUGACCCAGUGGCUAUGGUGCUGCUCUUCCUCAGUAUCAACCUCCUGUUGGCCCAGCGCUGGGGCUGGGGCUGCUGCUUUUUCAGCCUGGCAGUCUCUGUGAAGAUGAAUGUGCUCCUCUUCGCCCCUGGGUUACUGUUUCUUCUCCUCACGCAGUUUGGCUUCCGUGGGGCCCUCCCCAAGCUGGGCAUCUGUGCUGGCCUUCAGGUGGUGCUGGGGCUGCCCUUCCUGCUGGAGAACCCCAUCGGCUACCUGUCCCGCUCCUUUGACCUUGGCCGCCAGUUUCUGUUCCGCUGGACAGUGAACUGGCGCUUCCUCCCGGAGGCUCUCUUCCUGCAUCGAGCCUUCCACCUGGCCCUGUUGGCUGCCCACCUCACCCUACUCCUGCUGUUUGCCCUCUGCAGGUGGCACAGGACAGGAGAAAGUAUCUUGUCGCUCCUGAGGGACCCCUCCAAAAGGAAGGUUCCACCCCAGCCCCUUACACCUAACCAGAUUGUUUCUACCCUCUUCACCUCCAACUUCAUUGGCAUCUGCUUCAGCCGCUCCCUCCACUACCAGUUCUAUGUCUGGUAUUUCCACACACUGCCCUACCUCCUGUGGGCCACGCCUGCACGCUGGCUCACACACCUGCUCAGGUUGUUGGUGCUGGGGCUCAUCGAGCUCUCCUGGAACACAUACCCCUCCACAUCCUGCAGCUCUGCUGCCCUGCAUGUAUGCCAUGCUGUCAUCCUGCUGCAGCUCUGGCUGGGCCUGCAGCCUUUCCCCAAGAGCACCCAACACAGCAAGAAAGCUCACUGAAAUCCACCCCUUUCCCUCCAGUCUACUCUCAGGACCUGGGGUGGGAUGGACUCUGUGCCCUUCCAAAUAAACCUUGCUAAGUCCACCUCUGUGCAACCUACUUGGAGGUAGGGGCAACUGAUGCCUGGUCCAGGCUGUGAGGGACAUGUGUGGGACAGAUAAAGAAUUCACUCAAGCAG